UCGUCAACAAGGAAGAGUUUAAGAGCGGAAGGAAUCUUAACAAACAAGGGCUCUGGCAGCCUUCGAAAGUAAGUUAUUUCAGUGGAAAGGUUAGCUGAUUUUUGGUGUACUGUAGCUUUAAAGAGUCAUUUCAUGUCUCGAAGAUCAACAUAAACCGUGGAAGUGUUGUACGAGGACCGAACUUUGAAGCUGUGUUUAGUGAUCCAGGAUGCUAGCCUCCAACCUGUCUCCAGCGGCGGAUGGUGAGGAUUCAAUCGGUAAUCACACAGUCGUUAAAGAAGGAUGGGUCAGCAAACGAGGAGAGUACAUAAGAAACUGGAGGCCGAGGUACUUCCGGCUGAUGUCCAAUGGCAACUUCCUUGGCUACAAAGAGAAGCCUGCAACUCGUACUGAGUGUCAACAAAAAGUCUUGAACAACUUUUCAGUUGCAGAUUGUGAGUGCCAGGUCUUGGCUAAAAACAAGGACAAAAAUGUUUUCUACGUACGCUGUCUGCAAUGGACCACUAUCGUAGAGAGGACAUUUCAAGUGGACUCGCCUAUUGAAAGGGAUGAGUGGAUGGCUGCAAUACGGGAUGUGGUGGAAAGAGUCAGCAAAUCCAGCGAGGAGAAGUCAGAGCUGAACGCACACAUUACAGACUCUAAGAAUCUACAGAAGAGACACACUAAGGUGAUGACACUUCAAGAUUUUGAGUUCCUGAAGAUGUUAGGUAAAGGUACAUUUGGCAAAGUUCUGCUGGUCAGAGAGAAGUCAGCUGGAGAGCUUUAUGCCAUCAAGAUCUUGAAGAAAGAGGUCAUCGUUGCUAAGGAUGAGGUAGCCCACACACUUACAGAGAGCCAUGUCUUACAGAGGACCUGUCACCCGUUCUUGACGUCACUGAAGUAUUCAUUCCAAACUACAGACAGACUCUGUUUCGUAAUGGAAUAUGUCAACGGUGGAGAGCUAUUCUUCCACCUGUCAAGAGAGCGAGUAUUCUCGGAGGAUCGGACGCGCUUCUACGGUGCCGAGAUCAUCUCUGCUUUAACCUACCUGCAUGAAUGUAAUGUUAUUUACCGUGAUCUUAAGUUAGAGAAUUUACUGUUAGACCAGUAUGGCCACAUCAAGAUCACUGACUUUGGACUUUGCAAAGAGGAUCUAUCUUUUGGAAACACAACCAGCACGUUUUGUGGCACGCCAGAGUAUCUAGCACCAGAGGUCUUAGAAGACAGUGAUUACGGCCGAGCAGUGGACUGGUGGGGUACCGGUGUAGUCAUGUAUGAAAUGAUGUGUGGCCGUUUACCAUUCUACAGCCGUGACCAUGAGGUUUUAUUUGAGUUGAUCCUGGUUCAAGAGGUCAAGUUUCCGGCGAGAUUAUCGGAUAGUGCGAGGUCAUUACUAAGUGGACUUCUCGCGAAAGACCCAACGAAAAGGUUGGGAGGUGGACAGGAAGAUGCCAAGGAGAUUAUGGAGCAUCCGUUUUUCGCAUGUAUAAACUGGGAGGACUUAUUUGACAAGAAGAUUGAGCCACCCUUCAAGCCCAGUGUCAAAUCAGAAACGGACACCAGGUAUUUUGAUGAAGAAUUUACAGCUGAGCCUGUAGAACUCACACCCCCAGACACUAACAAAUUGUCAACUGACACAGGGCUGCCACAAUUUGAGAAGUUUUCAUAUUCUGGCGAUAAAGGGGGACAUCUUUAAGGUCUACCUUAGCAUCGACUUUAAACUUCAGAGAGACUUAGUCCUAUCCUCUAUCCACCCCCAAAGAUUGAGAUGACUGGCGGAGAUGGUGGUACCACAUGAAAGAGGUUUUUAUUGAUAGGUUCAACAAGAAACAUCAACCGGAUAGUGGUUCACCUUCUUGUGUCCUGUUGUUACGUAUCACCGUCAGACAAGCAGAUUUAAGCAAGUCUUAGAGGAGUCUGACUUGAAACAGGGCUGCCAAAUAUUUUGACUGAAGUUUGAUUUUUUUUUGGCAUGAUCAUCGGUAGAGGUUGGUCUCACAAUCAUCAAAAUGAACAAUUGCCCACAUUUUGUUGUUUUCUUCCGAAGAGAAGAAAAAUGGGUAAAACAUCCCACCUUGAAUAUUAUUAGGCCAUAGAGGGACCAUUUGGGGCCAAAUGUAGGGACCAUUUUGGGCCAAACAGAAAUGCAGGACCAGUAAGAGUUUUAAGCUUAAAAUGUUCCUUAAAGUUCAGACCGGGGGAUUGUUAGUUAUGGGAGAAGUCUUAAGUUCAUUUAAUUUUCUUGUUAGUUUCCCCACCUAAUUGGUCGAAUGUUCAUGCUGAGAUGACAGUGUGCCACCACCUGUUGAAGUAAAUUAGCGCUUGUGACAACUCUUGGAAAGAAGUAGCACUUUUAGUUUAUCUUUUUAUACUUGAUUUGAGAGGGAUUUUGUUGAUCUGUGAACUCUCUUAGCGUUGUUUGGGAUCUUGUCAUGCUUUAACAACAAUUGCUUUAAAAAGUAUCAGACUUUGUUUCUGAAAUAAGAGGGUUAUUGAAAUGCAACUUGAUCACCCAUUCAUGCCUCACAGGGUUUGUGCGACUUGAGUUUCUGAGGCAGAAUCCACGGAGAAAAAUUUUCCGGUGGUAUUUUUAAGAUGGGUGUCUAGUUUUCAAAGCAGAUUGGUAGCACUGAAAGACACAGUGUUGUGACAAUGUGAAGUAUGUUUGAAUCAAGUCUUUAAGAGGCAUGGUACUGGCAUUUCUUGGAAAACUUUUCUUUCACCAAUCAGAAGCUUUCCUCGUUUAUUUUUUGCUCGGACGAUAAAAUCAAAAUUUGCGAGCCAGAAAAGAAAAGAAAAAUAAUUGCAUUAAAUUGACUGUACCUUAAUUGAGCUUACCGUCGCGGGGGAAAACCCCGGGUAGGAAUGAAAUUAUGACAUAACAUCACAAUGGAAUGUGAUAAAAUUUCAAAGUAAUUUGUUGUUUGAAAAAAGAAAGAUAAAUUUAUUGAUUAUGUUUCAGAAUUGGAAAGAGAUGUACAUAUACAUGCCCUAUAUUUUAUAAAUCUUCUAUUUGGCAAAUGUUAUAUGUGGAAGAGGAAUUGCAGAGCGGCCAUCUUGGUUUAUUCUUGAUGCACAAAUCAAUGUGAUACAAAAUGAGGCUCACUAUCACAAUAGUCUGGUGUUUAUCAUGGUACCGUUAAUGCUCUUUACCAUGACACACGGGGUACUGUUAUGGGGUACUUUCAGUCAAAGCGUGCUUCGUGUAAGCGAGACUGCCACAUUCAUUCCACUGUGUAUAAUUUGUACACAUGCAGUUUCCAUGAAAUAAUGGAGCAAGUCAAAGAAAGCCAUCGUAGUGUGGGGGAAGCAUAUUCAAAACUUCACAAAUUCUCUUCCGGUGGCAUGUACAUGUACUUAAAUAGUUUGCCAAAUGCAUGAAUGCCUUUUGGAUGAGAUUAUGGAAGGCCACAGAUUUGUUGCAUUUUCUCUGUGCAGUAUGAUACUCAAUCCAUCAUGAAUUCAAAGUCCCGAUCUUUUUGGUAGCCGUUUUAAUAUAAUUUUUGAUGCGAAGAAUUUGGUUGCCACGUUGGCCGUCAAGAAUUAUUGUAAUGGAGUUAGCUGAAGACAGAUAGCAGUUGUUUUGGAUUCAGGUGUACCUGUGUGUAGUAUUGCUGUAAAUAUACCUUGUGUAUUGUAUGAUUAUUAAGAUUGUACGUGUACAUGUUACUGUAUGUUCCGUGUCAGUAUAGGCCACACUAGGCUCGGUAUACAAAUCAUGGCAUCAUUACUGAUUGAAGGGGCGGAACUUUAUUGGGUUGUAUGCUAAUGAGGUCUGACCUUAUGUAAAUGAAGGUCAAUUAUGCAUAUUCAUAUACAGUAAGGUGUUGGCAGUGUUAUGUUGCUAGACAUCAAUCUACCUCUCGGACAAAGAUGCAAUAUUGGAAGAGCAGACAAACUUUCCCCUGGCGUAAGAAAACGAUACACAGAUAACUGGCCACGGAGAAUUUACUUAAGAGAUAUGCAAAAAUUGAAUUGCUCAAAGAAUGCAAAAAAUGGUGUCCUCAUGGAAAGGUUUUUUUUCUUUCUUUCUUUUCAUUGUGCAGUGUUUGGAGAUUUUCCAAACUCUUUCGAAGUUAGACUUCAACUUGAAAAAGUGGUCAUCAUUUUGGUAUGCAUAAAAGGGGAACCAGAUACAUUGUUAUCGAUGGAUUUUAAAUUUGUGUACAGACCCAAAAUAACAAUGGCUUGUUACUGGAACAGGCAUGCCAGUCCAAACAUGAAGGUGUGACCAUAGAGCAGAGUAUUGUGGUGGGUAUAGAAGCUGGGUCUCUAGCCAGGUAAGCUAAGGGGGUAGGGGCUAGAACAUGCAGUUGAACUAUUAAGAACACGCCAACCAUCUCAGCAAAGGAAGAGAUUACAUGGUAUACUUGCAGGAACAAUCUGAUUUAAAUCUCAAAUCCUGAAAGCCUCAAAUCAUUCAUUCAUGUAAUUUUUUUACAGGGGCAUAAAGGGUGUUUUUCUUUCGGCAGGUGGGGUGGAAUCAUAGAAAUAGAACACGGAGACAAUGAGCUCGACCUCCCUGUGUACUCGGUGUGUAUGGCAAAAUGAUCAUGUUGAGAGCGCACAUAGACCGUCUCUACGUGUUUUUAAUGGUCAAUGUUCAUGACGGCUACUGUUUGGCAAAGAAAACAACAUACACGCAUCGAUAAAAGCGGUCUCACAACAAAAUGCACGCAUAAUGUCGCACUCGGCGUUCUCCUGGUUCUAUUUCUAUGGGUGGAAUGCAGUUUAUAAGAUUUCAGUUGAGAUGAUGGCUAUUGGGAACAACUCUUUUUGAUGUCAGUUUUGAAAAUUUAAGUUGUGUCUGAAAUUUCACUGACGCAACAUGUUGUAUAUUUUUAUUGAUAACUCUUCGCGGUCAUAUUGUAUAGACGAGUUUUAAAAAAAAUCACAAGUAGAUUGUAUAGAUGCAUGUACUUCAUACUAUGGUGUUGAUCAUUUAGUUUUAUUUUUGUUAAAAAGUGAAAUGGUUCAGUGCACUUCUACAACUGUUCUUUUUUCCUAAGUAGAGCCUUUAAAAAGUUGUGUGUUUUGUUUUUGUUUUUUAUUUGUUGAACUAAUUUUAUAUAACUUUUUUAAAGGAAUAACUGACCCUGUAAUGCACACAGUUUUGUAUAUUUGCAGUAAUACAGAUGUGUGCUAUUGUACAUGUGUAUUAUAGUUGUCAUCAGUGACCGGGUAACAUUGGACACUCCUGGAGUAAAAGUUCACCUUUCCUUGUAUCUCGAUUGUCAAACGCAUAAAAAAGCAAACAUGAAAGCAUUAUCUUGCUGAUGGAAUUCCAUUAAAUUGAAUGGGUAUGCAUUUUCAGUAAAAACAUCCUUGCAGAAUUAUGUUGAGAAAUAUUAGCCAAUGAAAUUGCAGAUUUUCUCAUAAGUUUUGCCGUAUUAAUGCUGUGAUCUAUUUACCCUCGUCUCUGAGUUUCUCUGUAAAAUUAUCAUGCAAAUUAAGACACAAUGUUCAAAGUGGCGAUGAUAGCGGGAAAAGUUAUA